AUCUUUUGUAGAACCGCCCAGAAAUUCCUAAAACUCUUCCGUCACCGACCUCCUUUUCGAACACCGCCUUUGGGUGUUUUUUCCAAACCCUUACUUCACCGGCGGCUGCAUCUUCUUCAUUGCAUCACCCUUUUCGCCUGGUUAGAUUUAUCGUAGAUUGGGUUUUGAGAGAAUUUUCUAAUCACUGUGAAGUUAGGAUUAUUGUAGAUUGAUUUCUGAGACAAAUUUUUAGUCAAUUGGGAAGAAAGGAAAAGAGCUAGGGUUUUCAGUUCGAUUAGAGGUAUGGCGUCGUUAGACCCAGAGAUUGCUAAGACUCAGGAGGAGAGGAAGAAGAUGGAGCAGGAGCUGGCCUCUCUUUCUUCCCUUAACUAUGAUACUGAGCUUUAUGGGAAUAAUGCGAGGGAGGAUUAUGUUCAGUCGAUUCCUGUGGAUGACGAUGAAGAUAAUGCUGAUGUUAUGGACAAUGAGGUGGCCCGGAAAUUGGCCUCCUAUACGGCUCCCAAGUCUCUUUUAAAGGAAAUGCCGGGUGCUGGGGCCGACUAUGAUGAUGGGUUGAGGAAGCCACAGAGGAUUAUUGACCGUGAGGAUGAUUACCGUCGAAGGAGGCUUGAUCGUGUAAUUUCUCCAGCGAGGCAUGAUGCUUUUGCGAUGGGGGAUAAGACCCCGGAUGUUGGUACGAGGACUUAUGCAGAAGUGAUGAGGGAGGAGGCGUUGAAGAGGGAGAAGGAGGAAACGUUGAGGUUAAUUGCUAAGAAGAUGAAGGAGGAGGAGGAGCAGAAGAAGAAUAUGGGCGAGGAGAAAGGGGCUGGUGGUGGUGAUGUUGCUGCUCAAGCUCAGUCUUCACUGAAGAGGAGAAAUAGGUGGGACAAAGCACAGGAUAAGGAACCCGAUGAAAGCAUAGCAAAGAAGGCUAAAUCUUCCUCGGAUUGGGAUAUGGCCGACUCUACCCCUGGGAUUGGAAGGUGGGAUGCCACUCCGACGCCAGGGAGACUUGGUGAUGCCACACCUUCUGCUCGCAGGAAUAGGUGGGAUGAGACACCGACACCUGGCCGUUCAAACGAUUCAGAUGCUACACCAACAGCUGGUGGGGUCACUCCCGGUGCUACUCCAGCUGGAACAUGGGAUGCCACUCCAAAAAUCACGGGUAUGGCGACGCCAACACCGAAGCGGCAGAGAUCAAGGUGGGAUGAGACUCCAGCUACCAUGGAGAGCGCAACACCCAUGGCUGGGGCAACCCCUUCUGGGGCUAUGACCCCUGGUGUGACACCUCUUGGCGGGGCUGAUAUGGCUACACCUACUCCUAAUUUGCGGGGUCCUAUUACUCCUGAACAGUAUAACUUGAUGAAGUGGGAGAAGGAUAUUGAGGACAGGAACAGACCUUUGACUGAUGAAGAGCUUGAUUCCAUGUUCCCACCCGAAGGUUAUAAGAUAUUGGAUCCUCCAAAUUCGUAUGUGCCAAUUAGGACUCCGGCUAGGAAGCUCCUUGCAACACCCACUCCGAUGGGGACCCCGCUUUAUCAAAUACCAGUUGAAGACAGGGGCCAGCAGUUUGAUGUUGGGAAGGAGCCUGCUAAUGGAUUGCCAUUCAUGAAACCAGAGGAUUAUCAGAUUUUUGGGAAGUUAUUGAAUGAAGAAAAUGAGGAUGAGCUAUCACCUGAGGAACAGAAGGAAAGAAAGAUUAUGAAGCUGCUACUUAAGGUGAAGAAUGGUACCCCUCCUCAGAGAAAGACUGCAUUACGGCAACUCACUGACAAGGCUAGAGAAUUUGGUGCUGGUCUAUUGUUCAACCAGAUUUUGCCUUUGCUUAUGCAGCCGACGUUGGAGGACCAAGAACGGCACCUUCUGGUGAAAGUUAUCGACAGGGUGUUAUACAAGCUUGAUGAGUUGGUUCGACCUUUCGUGCACAAGAUUCUUGUUGUUAUUGAGCCACUCUUAAUUGAUGAAGACUACUAUGCUCGGGUUGAGGGGAGAGAAAUUAUUUCAAACUUGAGCAAAGCUGCUGGAUUGGCCACUAUGAUUGCUGCUAUGAGACCAGAUAUUGACAAUAUCGAUGAGUAUGUGAGGAAUACAACUGCAAGGGCUUUUAGUGUUGUGGCUUCAGCCCUAGGUAUUCCUGCUCUUCUGCCAUUUUUGAAGGCCGUGUGUCAAAGUAAGAAGUCAUGGCAAGCCAGACACACAGGUAUUAAGAUUGUUCAACAGAUAGCCAUUUUGAUUGGUUGUGCCGUGUUGCCACACUUGAGAUCUUUGGUAGAAAUUAUUGAACAUGGUCUCAAUGACGAGAAUCAAAAGGUCAGAACAAUUACGGCGCUGUCUCUGGCAGCUCUAGCCGAGGCUUCUGCUCCAUAUGGUAUAGAGAGUUUUGACUCUGUGUUGAAACCUUUGUGGAAAGGUAUCAGAUCACACCGUGGGAAGGUCUUGGCCGCGUUCCUGAAGUCAAUUGGUUUCAUCAUCCCAUUGAUGGAUGCUCUCUAUGCUAGCUACUAUACGAAAGAAGUCAUGUUCAUUUUAAUUCGAGAGUUCCAGUCACCAGAUGAAGAAAUGAAGAAGAUUGUUCUGAAAGUGGUUAAACAGUGUGUUAGCACCGAAGGUGUAGAGGCUGAUUACAUUAGAAGUGAUAUUCUUCCAGAGUUCUUUAAGAACUUCUGGGUUAGGAGAAUGGCACUGGACAGGAGAAACUACAAACAGCUUGUGGAAACCACGGUAGAGAUUGCAAACAAGGUCGGCGUUGCUGACAUAGUGGGUAGGAUAGUGGAGGAUCUUAAAGACGAGAGUGAACCCUAUAGGCGUAUGGUGAUGGAAACAAUAGAGAAAGUUGUGACUAACUUGGGGGCAUCUGAUAUUAAUUCCCGUUUAGAAGAGCUUCUAAUUGACGGUAUUCUUUACGCUUUUCAAGAGCAGACAAGUGAUGAUGCCAAUGUCAUGCUUAAUGGUUUCGGCGCUGUGGUUAACGCCCUCGGCCAAAGGGUCAAACCUUAUCUCCCUCAGAUAUGUGGUACAAUUAAGUGGCGUUUGAAUAACAAGAGUGCAAAGGUAAGACAACAGGCUGCGGAUCUCAUCUCCCGAAUUGCUGUGGUCAUGAAAGGGUGCGGAGAGGAGCAGCUUAUGGGUCACUUGGGUGUGGUUUUAUACGAGUACCUCGGGGAAGAAUACCCCGAGGUGUUGGGUUCAAUCUUAGGAGCGCUCAAAGCCAUUGUUAAUGUCAUUGGUAUGACUAAGAUGACUCCUCCAAUUAAAGAUCUGCUUCCUAGGUUAACUCCAAUUCUGAAGAACAGACAUGAAAAAGUGCAGGAAAACUGCAUCGAUCUCGUGGGUCGUAUUGCGGAUCGUGGAGCAGAAUUCGUUCCUGCACGAGAAUGGAUGAGGAUAUGCUUCGAACUUCUGGAAAUGCUCAAGGCUCACAAGAAAGGUAUCAGAAGAGCCACUGUCAACACAUUCGGGUACAUUGCCAAAGCUAUCGGACCUCAAGAUGUGUUAGCCACUCUCCUAAACAAUCUCAAGGUACAAGAACGUCAGAACCGUGUCUGUACAACAGUAGCCAUUGCAAUCGUUGCUGAAACGUGUUCACCUUUCACCGUUUUACCCGCCCUCAUGAAUGAAUACCGUGUUCCAGAACUCAACGUACAGAACGGUGUUCUGAAAUCUCUCUCUUUCCUCUUCGAGUAUAUCGGUGAAAUGGGGAAGGAUUAUAUCUAUGCCGUGACCCCUCUUCUCGAAGAUGCACUUAUGGACAGGGAUCUUGUUCACAGACAAACUGCAGCUUCUGCUGUGAAACACAUGGCUCUUGGUGUUGCAGGUUUAGGUUGUGAAGAUGCAUUGGUGCACCUUAUGAAUUAUGUGUGGCCUAAUAUCUUUGAAACUUCACCGCACGUUAUUAACGCUGUUACGGAAGCCAUUGAAGGGAUGAGAGUUGCUCUUGGUGCUGCUGCAGUACUGAAUUACUGUUUACAGGGUUUGUUUCACCCAGCAAGGAAAGUUAGAGAAGUUUACUGGAAGAUUUACAAUUCGCUUUAUAUUGGUGCACAGGAUGCUCUUGUUGCUGCUUAUCCCACAUUGGAGGAUGAAGGAGAGAAUGUCUAUAGUAGACCUGAGUUGUUGAUGUUUGUGUAAAGCUAGUUGCCCUGUUAGUAAUCCGAACUACUCUGUUGGUUCCUAUAUAAACUUUUUGCUUAGACAAUGUUGUUCUAAUUUUCUCGUUGCUUUUGAUCGGUUUUGUUGAGAUAACUGAAUCUUCACUCUGCAACUUUUUACCUUCAAAGCACAAAUUAUCUGCCGUCAGGGGCAUUCUGAGAAUCAAACUCAGGACCCCUUGCACCCAGAGUGAGAAUCAUACCGCUAGACCAAAAGCCCUGUUGUUGCUGUUAUGUGCUCUGAUCUUCUUCAAUUCUACUUUGACAUACCUGGACAUGUUUUCAAUAUGUUGGCGCAGGAUGAGCUAGUUUCAGUGGAUGGACUCUGUACUUCUGCUGAGAUGCUGCAAGGAUGCGGAUGCGGAUGCAGAUGCAGGUGCACAUGUUAAAGCUCAAAUUCACUUUAUAUCGGAGCACGCGAUGCUCUUUUCGCUGCUUAUCCCACAUUGGAGGAUGAAGGAGAGAAUGUCUAUAAUAGACCCGAGUUGUUGAUGUUUGUGUAAAGAUUGUUGCUCUGUUAGUAAUCGAAAUUACUGUACUCUUUUGGUUGGACAAUAUUGUUUUCAUUUCUCCCCAUUGUUUUUUAUUAGUCUUGUUAUGAUCACUGACUGAAUCUUCACUCUUUCGAAGCAUAAGUUAUAUGCUUUAUGGAAACAAGCAAUUUGAUCUAUUUGUUUCA